UUAGCUAACACUGUACGAGUGUUUCUAGCUAGAAUCUCAAAGAGUUAAAAGAGUGUCAUAGUCAUAGUGUGAUCACAGAAAGAAAGAGAUAGAAGCGUAAGUGGUUCAGUUAAGAAUGGGGAGAAGACCUUGCUGUUCUAAGGAGGGAGUGAACAAGGGACCUUGGGCAGCUGAAGAAGACAAGAUGCUUGCGGAUCAUAUCAAAGGUCAUGGCGAACAAAAAUGGAGCAGCAUUCCUAAACAAACAGGGCUCAAGAGAUGUGGGAAGAGUUGCAGGCUUCGGUGGUUGAAUUAUCUAAGACCGAAUAUAAAACGAGGCAAUAUUACGCAAGAGGAAGAGGACCUCAUCAUUAGGCUCCAUAAACUCUUAGGAAACAGAUGGUCUCUAAUAGCAGGAAGAAUUCCGGGGCGAACAGACAAUGAAAUCAAGAACUACUGGAACGGCCACUUGUGCAAGAAAUCACAGCUGGAAAAGUCUAAGGUUGCAGCAAAGAAUAUGAGACCCUCCGACGAGGCCAAAGUUGAAGAGGAUCAUCGUCAUGACUCCAAAGUUGAAUCUGAAUCCAGUGAAGGGUCAUUAUUCUCUCAUUCAUCUACUACGUCAACUACAACGGAAGAAGAUUCGUCGGAUAUUUUGAUGGAUUUUUACACCAGGGAGAUAACUCUGUCGGAGUUUCUGGAUACCGACUUUACAAAGUUCAGCAGUAUGAUCAGUACUGAUAAGGUACUGAUGGUUCAAGGAGAAGGAGAGGAUCAAAUUCAGAAACAGCCUCAGGAUAGUUCCAGUCAAGCUGAAGCCGAAGCUAAUGAUGAAGCACCUAUGAAUGUGAUAAUAUCGCAGGAAUUGAUGGACAACUUGAUCGGCUGGGAAGAUCAAAGUGAUUCAGAUUUCGGAUUUCAACUUUCGGCAGCUUUCACGGACUUUGUUGCAGACGAAGAAAGAAUUUUGGAUUUUAUGAAUUAAGAUAUAAAAUAAAUAUAUUUGUCGCGUCAUCAAUUAUAAAAAUCUCUGUAUUUAUAAUACAGUACGUACUAGUGAAUAACUUUAGUGAUCUCGCUGUCUAGGGCACAAUCUAUAAAACAUCAUCAUGUUGAUUUUGACUAAUACACUGAUGAUCGAUCAACUUAUUCCUUGCUUUUACUGUUGUA